CCACGUUCUCGUUGGUGGGUCUGAGAACAUUGGCACUUCCCAACAAUCUCUCAGUCGUCAUGCGAGGCCUUCCCAAACUGGCCACGGCUCAAAAGAUGGUGGAUCGGGUAGCGACCCAAAAGCUGGUGCACCGUCCCCUCUUUCGCUCCAUGGCCCCCAAGAUUGAAGUGCCCCAUAAGCUCGUGCAAAUCUCCAACGACCCCAACUACACCCACAUGAGUGUGGACGUGUUCCAAAACACGGGAUUUGCGAUCGGAGCUUCCCACUUUCUCCACUCGUUGCAAGGGGCGGGCAAGUACGAGAUCCUCGAAGUGUACGGUCACAACGACAAGACGUUUACGACCAGUGUGAUCCAGUUUGGCGUCAAUCUGUGCGGCCACCAAGGCGUGGUGCAUGGCGGGUGCAUUUCCACGGUCAUUGACGAGCUGUUCCAGUGGACGGCGUACUGGACGACCGGACGCAUCGGAUACACGGCCAACCUGAACGUCAACUACCGCCGCCCGUUGCCCGUCGAACGGCCCGGUAUCCUCACCGCGGAAUUUGAAAAGAAAGACGGCCGCAAGCUGUACAUGAAGGCCAAGCUAGAAGACAACGACGGGAUCAUCUACACGGAAGCCACGACCUUGUUCUUGUUGCCCAAGGAGGUUAAUGGAGAAGCGUGAUGAUUGAUCUAUGGAGCAGAUCGUUUAAUAUAUUAUAUUACAAACAUUAACAGAAAUGUUCUAUGGAAAUCCC